AUGCCAGAAGAUGAAACAAUAGCAUUAAUUGAAGAGUUCAGUGCAAUCAUACAACAUAAGCUCCCUCUUAAGCUAAAAGAUCUAGUGAGUUUCACUGUACCUUGCUCUAUGGAAAAUUCACAUGAUUUAAAUUCUUUAAUUGAUUCUAGAUCAAGUAUUAAUUUGAUGCCACUGUCUAUCUAUAGAAAAUUGAGAUUGGAUGAUCGAAAAGCAACGUCAAUAAUCCUACAACUGGCUAACAGGACACUCAAACAUCCUUAUGGAGUGAUAGAGGAUAUGCUCAUCAAAGUUGGAAAUAAUUUCUUUCUUGCCGAUUUCAUCAUCCAUGAUAUAGAUGCUCAACACAUUCCAUUAAUUUUGGAGAGAAUGUUCUUAACAAUUGCAUGA